GGGUGUGGAUUACAUGCGAUCAUUUCUUCCUUCCCACAGGCCUGCUGGUGAUCUGUCAACACGGAAGUGUCAAGAUGGCCCCGAGUGGACUAAAAGCGGUGGUAAACGAGAAAAUCCUCAAUGGUGUGAUCAAGAGCAUUAAGAAAGAUGGUGAAUGGAAGGUGCUCAUUGUCGAUCACAUCAGUAUGCGGAUUCUGUCCUCAUGCUGUAAAAUGUCCGACAUCAUGGCUGAAGGGGUAACAAUUGUGGAGGACAUUAGCAAGCGCAGGGAGCCGAUACCUAGUCUGGAGGCUAUUUACUUCAUCUCACCAGUGCCAAAGUCAGUUCAUUCACUAAUCAAUGAUUUUAAAGACACAGCCUUCACUUAUAAAGGAGCACAUAUCUUCUUUACCGACACUUGUCCGGAUGGGCUUUUCGCUGAGCUCGGCAGGUCAAGAGUCGCCAAGGCCAUCAAAACCCUAAAGGAAGUGAAUGUGGCUUUCAUUCCAUACGAGUCUCAGGUGUUUUCUCUGGACAUCCCUGCUUCCUUCCACACCAUCUACAGCCCGGCUCACACUGACUUGGAUGCAAAAACAAGGAUGAUGGAGGCCAUGGCCGAGCAGAUCGCCACACUUUGUGACACCCUGAAAGAAUACCCAGCCAUCCGCUAUCGCCAGGGCCCGAAGGAGAAUUUUACCCUGGCAGAGAUGGUGAUGGAUCGCCUGAAUGCACAUAAGGCAGAUAAUCCCAGCAUGGGGGAGGGCACAGAUAAAGCUCGCUCCCAGCUGUUAAUAGUGGAUCGUGGAUAUGAUCCCGUUUCUCCGAUUCUGCACGAGCUGACCUUUCAGGCUAUGGUUUACGAUCUGCUAGACGUCCAGCAGGACAUUUACAAGUAUCAGACGACAGGAAUCGGUGAAGCCCGGGAGAAGGAGGUGUUGCUGGACGAGGAUGAUGAGCUGUGGGUGCAGCUGCGGCACAUGCACAUCGCAGACGUCACAAAGAAAGUGACGGAGCUGCUGCACACUUUUUGCGAGAGUAAGAGGAUGACCACAGACAAGGCUAACAUCAAAGAUCUCUCACAAAUGCUGAAGAAGAUGCCACAGUACCAGAAAGAGCUCAGCCUGUACUCCACUCAUCUGAACCUGGCUGAUGCUUGCUUGAAGAGGUUCAAACACCAACUGGACAAACUAUGUGAGGUGGAGCAGGAUUUGGCCAUGGGAUCAGAUGCUGAGGGGGAGACACUCAAAGACGCCAUGAAGAGUAUCGUCCCCGUUCUGCUCAACGCUGAGAUCCAACCCUAUGACAAAAUCCGCAUUAUUUUGCUUUACAUUUUCCAUAAAAAGAAGGGCAUCGGUGAAGAGAAUCUAACCAAACUCAUCCAGCACGCAAACGUACAACAGGACAGUAACAUCAUCACAAACCUGCAACAUCUGGGCUGUCCCAUUAUUUCUGGGGGUACUAAUGCCUGUAAGUCAUUGCCUGAUAAGAAAGAACGUCCGGAGUCCACUUAUCAGCUCUCUCGGUGGACACCAACCCUUAAAGAUGUGAUGGAGAAUGUGAUUGAUGACAAGUGCGACAGGAAGCAGUUUCCAUUUCUGUCUGACCCCGCCCCCAUCACCACCACGCAGACUGCAGUCAGCAGUGCGAGGUUUGGACACUGGCACAAAAACAAAACUGCCACAGAGUACCGCAGCGGUCCUCGCCUCAUCAUCUUUGUGAUCGGCGGAGUGACCCAUUCUGAGAUGCGUUGUGCUUAUGAAGUCACCCGAGCCACUGAUGGCAAAUGGGAGGUUCUGAUUGGCUCGUCUCACAUUCUGACCCCAUCUGAUUUCCUGAAUGAUCUGAAGAAGUUGGACCAGCCAGCAUCAUCUUAGCAGUCACAUCUCUGAAGCCGAUGUGUCAAAGUUUGGAUUGUAUGAAAUAACCUGUAAAAAAGACUUAUCUGCUGUCUUUUAAAGUAGUUAUUUUAAUGGUCUGUGAGUUAACUGGUGGUAUAUGUAUGUACAUAUACAUAUUAAUGUUGUUAUUACACAUAUUUAAUAUAAAAGAAAAUAUAAGUGAAAAUUCUGUUGCCAGAUCCUCAUAAUUUUGCAUAUAUGUGGAUAAAAUCUUGCCUGUAUAAUGAUCAGUUCUGUUAAGAUCUGAAUAUGUGAAGACUUCUAUAGACGUCCACACUGAAACAAAUGAUGCUGGAUCACACUGGAUUUUGAGUCACACUGUAUCGACUGCUUUUGUCUAUUAAUAGAGGUUUUAUCUCACAACUGCCUUUAUCUGUAGUGUCCACAGGGCUUUAUAACUUUAGAAAAAAGAAGCAAAGAUUUCUAUUUGUUGUUUGGUUCUUGUGUUUAUGAAGGCGUGAAAUGUUUAAACUCUGUUAUAGCUGUAUUUGUGUUUGUCAUGCUCUAAACUUGUGCACUUUUCUCUUAUUGUUACGUUUAAUGUCACAGAUUGGGUGAAUUUGGUUCUUUGGGCCUUUUGUCUGUAUGCUCUAAAUAAACUUUGUAUAAAUGUUAUGUCAUCAUAUAUGUCUUAAAUAAAAAAUUUAGAUAUUAAAGCAACCUGUAAAGAAUGAA